GUGUCGUUUUCUCUUGGUAGGGCGGAGUCAAACCUUUUAAUAAACUGGCAUGUUUUGUUUAAUGUUUAGUACUUUUUACAUUAUGUACGGCGUAGUGAAUCCAUAAUGUAGCUUGUGUAUGUUGUGAACCAGAAGCUGUUAAACAUUAAUGACGUAAUAUUUGGUUUAAAAAAAAAAAAGAGCGAAGGAAACUGACGGAACAGGAAGGCGGAACAAGCGUACAGGAUCACAGAGUGGAAACUGAUACCAAAAAACAGUCCACAUCAAAAGCUACGCGCUGCCUAUUUACACAGCCUUUGACCGUUUCAUUUUUACAGUAAAUAAUUCACCAGAAGAAUUCAAACAGACCGCCUACUGCCACCACAUACAACUAUGUCCCUGGCCCCCCUGAAACAAGUCUUCAACAAAGACAGGACAUUCCGGCCCAAGCGCAAGUUUGAACCUGGAACGCAGCGCUUUGAGCUGCACAAGAAGGCCCAGGCGUCCCUCAAUGCAGGACUGGACCUGAAGCAGGCCGUACAGCUGCCACAUGGGGAGGACCUUAACGACUGGGUGGCCGUCCACGUGGUUGACUUCUUCAACCGUAUAAACCUCAUCUAUGGCACCAUCAGCGACUCUUGCACCGACCAGACGUGCCCUGUCAUGUCUGGUGGGCCCAAGUAUGAAUACCGCUGGCAGGACGAGCACAAGUACAAGAGACCGACUGCUCUGUCGGCCCCCAAAUACAUGAGCCUGUUAAUGGAUUGGAUUGAGGUACAAAUCAACAAUGAGAACAUCUUUCCCACCAACGUCGGUACUCCAUUCCCUAAGACUUUCAUGCAGGUGGCUAAGAAGAUUUUAUCUCGCCUGUUCCGUGUGUUUGUCCAUGUCUACAUCCACCACUUUGAUCGUGUGAGCCAAAUGGGAGCCGAGGCUCAUGUCAAUACCUGCUACAAGCAUUUCUAUUACUUUGUAACUGAGUUCAACCUCACAGACCACAAAGAGCUGGAGCCUCUGAAAGAGAUGACCUCACGGAUGUGUCACUGAGGCAACACACAUUUUGGACCAGCACAUCCGCCCAUCUGGAAGACUGCAGAAGAGAACUCGAAGAACAAAUCAAAAAGAGUCUAUUUUUAUAUUAAAGUACUGUAAUCUAUUUUAGGCACACAGGUUUUAACCACGAAUCUUAUCGUGUGAGGAGGUGUGUUUCUUUAAAGCUUUUUUUUUUUUUUUUUUUUUUCAGCAGCGCAGUAUUAAGAGGUGUAUGUUUGGAUGUGUAUUUUAUUUGAAGCUCAAUCAUUCCAGGAUGCUUCACCUUUUUUCUUUUUUUGGGUCUAAAUUGAUUGAAAAUUUCUUGUAGCUGUAACUGUACAUCUGUGAGGUCACUAUGAUGUUACAUUAAAAUGGAUCUCUACUCUUACUGUAAACUGAACUAAAUGAACAGAACUUUAGCUGUGUG